CCCUGUGCGAUGAGUAACACGGAGAUACCGUCUGGCCUGAAGGAGCUGCUGCAGGGCUACACCAUGGAGGUGCUUCGACGCAGGCCGGAAAACUUGGUGGAAUUUGCCGUGCAGCAUUUUACACAAAUUCUAGAGGGUCAGAAAAAUGACCUAAAAAACAAGAAACGCAGCAACAGAUCUUCACUGAAAGGAGUGACCUUUGAAACAAAGUCCAAUAAGCCCAAAAAGGAGGAUGAAGAGGAGGAGAAAGAGCCUUCCACCACGGCUAAAUACAACCGCAGAGUUUCAGUCUGUGCAGAAGCGUACAACCCUGAUGACGAUGAGGACGAUGAUGCAGAGCCUCGGGUCGUGCAUCCCAAAACAGACGAGCAGCGGCACAGACUCCAGGACGCCUGCAGAGACAUCUUACUGUUCAAAACCCUGGAGCAGGAGCAGUUCUCUGAGGUUUUGGACGGCAUGUUCGAGGUGUUGGUCAAACCUCAGGAUCACAUCAUAGACCAAGGAGACGAUGGAGACAACUUCUAUGUCAUAGAGAAGGGUGUGUAUGAUAUUUUCGUGCAGAAGGACGGAGUGAGCAUUUGUGUUGGAAAGUAUGACAAUAAGGGCAGUUUUGGUGAGCUGGCUCUCAUGUACAACACGCCGCGAGCUGCCACCAUCACUGCAACUCAGGAAGGAGCCCUGUGGGGCCUGGAUCGAGCCACAUUUCAUAGGCUGAUUCUUAGAAAUAAUGCGAAGAAGAGGAGGGUGUACGAGGCCUUCAUCGAGUGCGUUCCUCUUCUCAAGUCUCUUGAGCUCUCUGAGAGGAUGCAGAUUGUGGAUGUUUUGGGAGUGCGAGUGUUCAAAGAUGGAGAGUGCGUAUUAAUGCAGGGGGACGAGGCCGACUGUUUCUACAUUGUGGAAUCAGGAGAGGUGAAGAUAAUGAUAAAAAGCAAAACAAAGGCGGGCCAGCAGGAUAACACAGAGGUGGAGGUGGCGCGCUGCUCUAAAGGACAGUACUUUGGGGAGUUGGCACUGGUCACCAACAAACCCCGCGCAGCGUCAGUUUACGCUGUGGGAGAAACCAAAUGUUUAGUAAUUGACAUCCAGGCUUUUGAGCGUUUGCUGGGACCCUGCAUGGACAUCAUGAAGAGGAACAUCUCCCAGUAUGAAGAACAGCGUGUGGCACUUUUGGGGUCACGUGUAGAUUUGAAACACUAAGACAAUCAUAAAGUAGUGUAUAAGAACUUAGUGAACUCCUGCUUGGGGUAAAUGUACAGUACUCCUUUAACAUUGUCCGACACACACUUAAAUGUGAAAAUCCGUCUAAAGGUCAAGGUUUUCUAAGAUAAGCUACCGAUCCAUAACAUUAAAUACAUUUUUCAUUUGUAAACAAUUUAUAUGAAAUUGAGGCACACUUUUAUUACCACUUUAGUAUCAAAAUUAUAUGCAAAAUAAAAAAUGUGAGAAUCGUCCACCUACACAGAAUUCAUGUUAAUUUGCCGUUAUUGUGCUCGUCGAUCCCCAAUUCAUUUAAAGACAAUAAAAAGUGCAUUUUACAAUUGAAAUUAGCAAACUAUUCACAACCCCUUCUGCUGUUUACUCAAACCUUUGUUGUAUUGGAUGACAUUUGU